UCACUGCAGCUAUCACAUCACACACUUCUAACAUCAUUAUAUCUGAAAAAAUGAUAUCUUUAAAUUCUUUAACUUCUAUAAAUUCUUCUUCUAAUCUGUCAUUACAUACUUUAACAAAUCAUACUUUCAACCUAUCAAUAUAUAUAAAACCUUCUCAAAAAUCUAAGAUCUCUAUAGCUACUUAG